AUGCUAGAGCAAGUGGAGCUUUUGGGACUUGACCUCAGGGAGGUGAUCUUCGGAGCAGAAUCAGGUCCUCAAGUGGCUCCUGACCGCCGUGUGGUGCUCCUCCGAAGGGAACGGGGAAACGGGGCGGCCAACGGCGUUCGUGCCCAUUUCAAAAAGCCGAAGGCGGCAGAAACUGAACAGCUGUCUCAAUCUCCCACGUUAAAGCUGCCGAAAGAAGUCAAUUUCACCCUAGUCUCUGCUCCUGCCUUGCUAAGGCCACCUCCUGCAUGGCUGGACCACUGGCCACCAUCCCUAACCUCUGCUCCAGGCGUGCGUUCGCUCAACUUGCUCCAAACUGCCCUCUACGCCCCCAUGCAGGCCCAACCCGGCACUCAGGGCAUCCGCUCCGGACCCGCUCUCUCUCCCCGACCCCCAGACCCUCUCACCCGUAGAGGUACGCAGUCUGCGCUCCUCUCCAGGCUCGACGGAUUCUCACUCACCCGGGUACACUGCACUGGAUCCGGAUCCGGCUUCAGAGCCAGCCCCACCUCUUCCCGCCUCCCGCGCUACAGCCCGCUGCACCGCGGCCGCUGCGCUCGCAGCCGCCAAGACGUGGCAGCACCAACGCCUCCAGCCCGCCCCUGCCCGCUUACGCAGGGCCGCGAGCAGGGGAGGGGGAGGUGGCUGCGGAGGGGGCGGGGGCGAGACCCGGAGGGCGGGGCGGAGUGGAGGCGGGGCCUGCGGCUGACGUCAGCACGUGGGGCGGGGCCGGGGGGCGGUGGCGAUUUCUCCGGGACUCCACCCGGCCGGCGCGCCGGAAGGAAUUCUCAUCUCGGUCCGCACCUCCUCGCUUGUCAGGCUCCCACGACGGCCUCGGUGUCUCGGUUUAACUGGAAAAUGAUUUUGCCUCGGAAUCAGCUAAGCACUAUCCCAAGAAAUCCAUCUUUCCAAAGACACGGGCACCCCAACGAGCACUGCAGCACCACCUACAAGAGCAACACCAAUAAACAGCAAGACCUCACCAACAGAUUAAGGCUCCAACAAGGUGUGCUCCGUAUGUACGAUGGACUACCGCUCGGGCAUGUCAAAACAACACCAAAUGAGGAAAUUGUGCCCCUGGGAGCUCAUCGGGCCUGCCUGGGGGCUCACGGUAGAAAUGGCUCAUGAUGUUGACCUCGCAAACAAAGAACAAAAUCACAGUGACCCUUGAGACUGACCAAAUUGCCCAAAUGGCAUUCUGUUUUCCCGCUGGCUCCUACGUUCUCGAAGCUAUGAGACCGCCAGGUUCCAGACCUCUGGCUACGUGACCAAAGGACUCAACUACAGGCUAAAAAGUAACCAUCCCUUCAGAGAGUUUUUCAUUGGCAGAGUAUAAGAAAGACCCCAUCAGAAAGGGAGGACACUGGUUCUCCUUAAGGGCCAGUCACCGUCUCAUUUCCCUCUAAUAAAUUUCCUUUUCUUGCCUGCCUGCCCACUCGCCCUCUUUUUCUCUGCACUUGCCUUACAUUCUGGGGCUGGAACCCGGUAGGGAAGAUCCACCGCAACUUGGUGGGCUCCUCUCCCGAGCCCACCUCCCGUGGUCCCCUCUCCCGAGCCCACCUCCCGUGGUCCCCUCCCUGGGACCUGGCCGAGAAACUGCGACAAGCGUCUCUCUCAGAUCCCCAAGGCCUUUGGGCCCUCGGCCUUGUGCCCCAUCUGACUCUGAAAUAGGGGACACCCAUUUCAAAGCAGACUAUUAUUACUCUCUGAGAAGGUCCUGAGAACAGGGAUGCCUUUUCUCUCGGACCUUUCUCCUCGCUUUCCCUCACCCUUGUCUACCCUUCCUAUUCAGCCGCGAUGGGAAAUUCUCAAUCCCAGCCCUCAAAAUCUGCUCCUCUAGGAUGCCUUCUCUAAAACCUAAAAGCCUUGGGCUUCCAAGGGGCAAUUAGACCAAAAAGACUUAUUUACUAUUCUAACACUGUCAGGCCACAGUACAGACUUGAUAAUAGGUCCCAACAGCCAGAAAACAGAACUCUUGAUUAUAAUCCUCUAUGGGACCUCAGUAACGUCUGCCGCCACAACAGCAAGUGGUCAGAGAUCCCUUGUGUCCAGGCCUUCUUCGCUCUCCACUCACGACCCCCUCUGUGAAUCCUGUUCUACUUCUCAAAUGCUCUUAGCCCACUCUGGGCCACAUCCUCCUCAUACAGUGUCUCCUAAUCCCUGUUCAGACUUUUCUUCUUCUUUCGAUCCAUCCAACCACAGUCCACCCCCUAUCGCUCCCAGUCCCCUUGCAGCUGCUCCAGAUCCAGUUUCACAACAUCCACCUUACGUCCCCUCCUCCCUCCCUCCUUCUCAAGGGCAGGCCUCCUCUGCCGCUCCCAGCCCCCCUUCCACAGCCUGUGCCUGAGAUAAGCUCUGAGACCUCAGCCCCACCUUCUACCAGAGAGUCCCAAGGCUUUACCCCGACCUCCCUCCCGAGAUCCCCUCCCCAUACCUGGUCCUGAACAACUUUAAAGCAGGAAACUUCAUCUCAGGACCCCACUCCUUACCCGGCUCCUCUCCUCCCUGUAUGGGAAGCAGCUGGAGCAGGAGGCCUUGCUGGGGUUCACGUCCCACUCUCCCUCACUGAUCUGUCUCAGAUCAAAAAGCAGCUUGGCUCCUUCUCUUCAGACCCUGAUAAUUAUCUAAAAGAAUCCAAGAAUCUUACCCAGUCUUACGACUUAACCUGGCAUGAUAUUUACAUCAUACUUUCCUCCACUCUUCUCCCAGGAGAGUAGGAACGAGUAAGGCAGGCCUCCCAGGCACACACAGGACAGACAGUACUGAAGCCCACAGGGGCCACGGCUGUCCCCCGAGAUGAUGCCAGCUGGGAUUAUCAGGCAGGGAGACCUGGAUGAACAGCCCGUAAUCACAGGAUUGCCUCAUCAUGGGCCUUCAAAAGGCAGAGCAUAAAGCCGUCAACCUUGAUAAACUCCGGCUAAUAACUCAAGGACUAGAUGAAAACCGGGCACAAUUUCUAGCCAGGUUAAUGGAAGCCAUACGAAAACAUACAAGAUUAGACCCCACUUCAACAGAGGGCACUAUUGUCCUUAACACCCAUUUUGUCCCCUAGUCGUCCCCAGAUAUCCGAAAGAAACUAAAAAGGCAGAAGAAGGCCCUCAAACCCCUCAACGAGACCUUUUAAAUUUAGCCUUUAAGAUUUUCAAUAACCAGGAAGAGAAGACAAAUCUAGAGAAGGCCCAGGGGGAUCAGGUUAAAUACCACCUUUUAGCCACCACCCUACAUGGCUCCACAUUUCCAUCAAUCAACAAAGACAGGAAGCCCCCCGGGCCCUGCUUCAACUGCGGCAAAGACAGUCACUGGACCCUCUCAGGCCUAAACCGAGGCCCCCUCCAGCCCUGCGUCCCAGCUGAGGCAUAAAGGGACAUUGGAAGGUCCACUGCCCAAAUCCCCCUCCAGGGAUCCGGACAUCCCCUGCUGGUCCCGAGCAGGAGUCCUCCGGCCCAGCUCUGCCCAGCCUCCUCGGGCUCGCCGCUGAGGACUGAAGGUGGCCAGGGCCCCAGGCCCCGAGGCUCAGCACCUCUGUGGAGCCCGGGGUAACUCUGACAGUGGCAGGUCAGCCAGUCUCUUUUCUCAUCGACGUGGGUGGCCACUUACUCUGCUCUGCCUGCCUCCUCUGGAGAAACCAAGGUCUCAGGUCUCUGUUACGGGGAUUAAUGGUUUAAUAUCUACACUACAAAUAACCGAGCCUCUACUUUGCACACUUCAAGAUACCCCAUUUUCCCAUUCUUUUCUCAUACUCCCAAAAUGCCCCACUCCUAUUCUUGGAGAGACGUUCUCUCAAAAUUUAAAGCCUCUAUUCCUGUCCCAAGCCCACCUUCUAAUCUAGCCUGGCUACUGCUCCUCAACCCCACCUUCUCUUCCCCCACCCCCUUGCCCUCCUCGUCCAUAAACCCCAUAGUUUGGGAUACAGACAGCCUAUCUGUCACCUCUCACCAUGCUCAAUUCAUAUCCACCUCAAAAACCCUUCUAAGUUCCCUAAUCAACCAUCAUAUCCAAUCUCCCAAAAACAUCAACAAGGGUUAAAGCCUAUCAUCACUAAACUCCUACAUCAGGGUCCCUUGCUCCCAAGCCACUCUCCCUAUAGCACCCCUGUCCUACCCAUCAAAAAGCCAAAUGGCUCCUAUUGCCCGGUCCAAGACCUGAGAGUUAUCAGUGUGGCUGUCAUCCCCAUACACCCAGUAGUUCUAAAUCCCUAUAUUCUUCUCUCUCAUAUUCCCUCUUCCACUACCCACUUCACUGUUCUACGCCUCAAGGAUGCCUUCUUUACCAUCCCUUUACACCCAAACUCUUAAGACCUCUUGUCUUUAUCUGGACAGAUCUAGACAGUCAUCGCUCCCAAUGGCUGACAGGGCCAGUCCUCCCACAAGUCUUUCAUGAUCGCCCUCAUUUCUUUGGCCAAGCUCUAGCAUCAGACCUAACCUCUGUUGACCUUACUCUGAGUACUGUCCUCCAAUAUGUGGACGAUCUCUUCCUUUGUAGUCCUUCGCUUAUACACUCUCAACAAUACACUAUACAACUCCUCAAUUUUCCAGCCAAUCGAGGCUAUCGAGUAUCUCCCACCAAGGUUCAGCUCUCUCUUCCUAGAGUCACCUAUCUUACAGUCCUUUUAUUGCCAACAAAAAGAUAUAUUACUACCGAUAGAAAGUCCCUGAUAUCUACCCUACCACUCCCUACAUCAAAAGCAGAGAUCCUGUCCUUCUUGGGGUUAGCUGAAUAUCUAUGCCUCUGGAUUCCUAAUUUCACCCUCUUGGCACAACCCCUAUAUCAAGCCAUCCGAGGAGGUCUUUCAGAACCCCUAGAGCUAAAGUCAAAUGUCCACUCAGGCUUUAACACCCUUAGGCAAGCCCCAGCUCUCACACUUCCUGACCUUUCUCGCCCCUUUGUACACUACUGAGGGAUACAAAAUUGCCCUAAGAGUUUUGAGACAAAAUUAGGGCCCCUCCUUCACCCCUGUUGCUUAUCUGUCAAAGCAACUAGAUACCACAAUUUGAGGACAGCCAGCCUGCCUACGUGCUCUGGCAGCAGCUGCGCUCCUCACUCAGGAAAGUAAAAACCUGACUUUUGGAGCACCCACUGUCAUUCGUUCACCACAUGACUUUAAGGACUUCCUCACAAGUCCAUGACCCUUCUGUCUCCUUCACGCAUUCAACUAAUUCAUGACACCCUUCUUGAAUCUCCCGAGUUUUCCUUUGAACUCUGCCCUACUCUCAACCCUGCCAUCCUUAUCCCAAAUUCUUCUGAGCCCCCCACCCAUACUUGCAAAGAGGCAUUAGAGGACCUGAUGCCCCAUUUCUCCCACAUUUCCUCAACACCUUUAAAUAACCCUGACUUUACUUGGUAUAUUGAUGGCAACUCCUCUAUGACAUCAGAAGGAAAAAAGGUAGCUGGAUGUGCAAUUGUCUCUGACACUGAAAUUAUUGAAUCCCAACCUCUCCCCUCGGGAACCUCUUCCCAAAAGGCAGUACUUAUUGCACUAACUAGAGCACUUACCCUCGCAGCUAACAAGAGAGUAAACACAUACACUGAUUCUAAACAUGCUUUCCACAUCAUACACUUACAUGCUGCCAUCUGGAAGGAGCGAGGGCUCCUAUCUGCUAAAAGUUCUCCCAUAACUAAUGCCCUGCUUAUACUCCAACUUUUAAAAGCAGCUAAUAUGCCAACUGAAGUAGGCAUCAUAUGUUGCCAAGGUCACCAGGGAGCCUCAGACCUCAUUUCAUGGGGCAACAACACUGCAGACAGAGAAGCAAAACAAGUCUCACUCCAUCACCAGCUCAAUAAUUUAUAGUAACCUCCAACAUAAAACCCCUUCACCGCCAUGAAGAAAACACACGAUUAUUACAAGAGGGAGCACAACCACAAGGAGACUGGUUACAAAAACAGGGCUGCUAUGUCCUUCCCCGAUCUCAGGCCACAGAGAUUCUUACAGACAUUCAUCAGGCCCUUCAAGUAGGCACUAAACCUCUUUAUUAUCUCUUAAGACCUCUUAUGGCAUCGCUGACUCGAUGAACAUGAGUUUGAGCAAGCUCCGAGAGUUGGUGAAGGACAGGGAAGCCUGGCGUGCUGCAGUCCAUGGGGUCGCAAAGAGUUGGACACGACAGAGCAAUUGAGCUGAACUGAAGACCUCUUAUCACCUAUCCUAACAUUCUUUCACUCCUACAACAAGUCACUCACUCUUGCAUUAUCUGCUCAUCAGUCUUACCACAGGGAGUCCUAAAGCUUAUCCCCUCACUCUCAACACAUCAGGCUCGAGGGCAUAUCCCAGGAGAAACCUGGCCAAUUGACUUCAUGCACAUGCCUCCAACAUGAAAAUUAAAACUCAUGUUCACUGUCAGAGACACUUUUUCAGGGUGGAUUGAGGCUUUUCCUACGAGAUCAGAAACUGCCUCAGAAACUGAGUAACAUUGAGUUUCUCAUACGAGAAGUCAUCCCUCACUUUGGCCUCCCACUCUCUCUCCAAUCCGAUAAUGGGCCAGCUUUCAUUUCCCAAAUCACUCAACAAGUAGCCCAAUCCUUUGGCAUAACCUGGCAACUACAUAUUCCUUACAGACCUUCCUAUCCAACUAAUUCAUAACUGACCCAAAUGGGCAAUUCAAUUCAUUCCUUUAUUGAUAAAUAUAGGAAUAGCAGCUGGGAUUGGAAGAAGGACAGGACAGCAGGACUUGCAACCUCUUUAAAUUACUACCAAAGCCUUUCUAAAGACCUCACUGAGAACCUGGAAGAAAUAGCUACUAGCCUUAUCACUAUCCAAAACCAGCUAGAUUCCCCCGGCAGUCGUGGUCCUCCAAAACAGAAGAGCUUUAGACCUUCUUACAGCAGAAAAUGGGCCUAUGUCUGUUUUUGGAGGAAGUGUGAUGCUUCUACACCAACAAAUCAGGCAUCGUAAAGAAAGAAAGUGAAAGUUGCUCAGUUGUGUCCGACUCUUUGCAACCCCAUGGACUAUAGAGUCCAUGGAAUUCUCCACACCAGAAUACUGGAGCGGGUAGCCUUCCCCUUCUCCAGGGGAUCUUCCCAACCCAGGGAUUGAACCCAGGUCUUCCACAUUGCAGGUGGAUUCUUUACCAGUUGAGCCACCAUGUUGUAAAGGAAACAGCAAGAAAUCUGACAAACAGGGCCUCUAGAAUAUGUAAACACCUCAGUAAUUCAUGGGAAAACUGGUUAAGCAAUUGGAAUUGGUUGCCCUGGGUCCUACCCUUGCUAGGCCUUCUUCUUCUCCUUACCCUUAUUUUAACUUUUGGCCCAUGUUUAAUGCAUCUUUUUUUCAAAAUUUCUUCAGGACCGCUAAUGAGCGUUUACCAACUGAACUAUCCAUGAACUACUUCUAGCUCGCUCAAAAACUUUGACCCCACACAAAUCCCCUUGACCCACAUUCCAGGCUUUUCAUAUCUCACCCCCACGUGCCCCUGUCCUGCAGGAAGCAGUUAGGGAAGAUUGGCCUUCGGCUAUUAUCCCAAAUCAAAAAGGCUGAAUGUUACGGUCUACUUGGGGGUUCAUGGUAGAAAUGGCUCAUGAUGUUGCCUUGCAAACAAAGAAUAAAAUCACAGUGACCCUUGAGACUGACUAAAUUGGCCAAACAACAUUCUGUUUUCCCACUGGCACCUACCUUCUCAAGGCUAUGAGAUCAGUGGAUUCCAGACUUCUUUGACUACACGACCACAGGACUCAACUACAGACUAAAAAUUAACCAUCAGAGAAUUUUUCAUUGGUGGGCUAUAUGAAAGACCCCAUCAGAAAGGGAGGCCCCUGGUUUUGCUUAGGGGCCAGUCACCCUCUCUUUUCCUUCUAAUAAACUUCCCUUUUCUUUGCCUGACUGCCCAGCCUGCUCUCUUUUCUCUGCACUCACCUUACAGUAGCCACAGGGAUAAAUCUAGAAUACUCAUACACUAAGGAAACUCAGCCAGACAGAGCAAGGCAAUAACUCAAGAUGUCCCUUCUAGGAAAAAUAAAAAGAGAGUGAGACAAAGAGCUAAUUUACAACCCAAAGAGAUUUUAUUGAGUCCCAGCUCUCUCUGCUCACCACAAAGUGAUGUCUCUGCUUUUCAAUAUGCUGUCUAGGUUUGUUAGAGCUUUUCUUCCAAGGAGCAAGCAUCUUUUAAUUUCAUGGUUGUAGUCACCAUCUGCAGUGAUUUG